AUGACUAGAAGUUCUCUCGUCGGGCUAAUUCAUGACAAGACCAUCUAUUCACCUGCCGUUUCGUAUGACAAUGGCCAGGCUAUCACACUUAUGAGCACGGAUGCUGAUAGUCUCGAUGAUGUUGCCGAGAUGAUCCAUGAAACUUGGGCCCAAGUCAUCGAAGUGAUAAUCGGGAUUACGCUACUAGCUACACAAGUUGGAUGGAUCUGGCCUCUUCCGCUCUUCCUGAUUUAUUUAUGUUCAUACAUGAGUCGAUUCGUUGCGAAAAAUCUUCGGCCUCGUCAAAAAGCCUGGAACAUUGCAACACAGGGUCGUAUGGCUGCUAUAAGCUCUAUGUUGAGCACGAUGAAGGUCGUCAAAAUGCUUGGAUAUCAAAACCACCUUAUGAACCGUAUUCAAGAGCUUCGAAAAGAGGAGCUCUGGGCAGCCUCCAGACUGAGAUGGGUUAUGGUCUACUAUAACAUGUCAGCCAAUGCCCUCGGAAUAUUCUCUCCAGCUAUCACGCUGGUAAUAUCAGCUCUUAUAUCGGUAGCUCGUGGCGGCAAAUUGGAUACAGAGACUGCCUUCACCACCAUAGCCAUCUUGAGCAUGGUCACACAUCCCGCAAAUAUGGUUAUGACUAUUGUACCACGAGCGGUAGCAGCAUUCGCUGGUUUUGAGAGGAUUCAAACAUUCUUGCUUCAACCUUCAUUGCAGGAGACUCGUCAAAUACUGUCAGAAAACACUCGGAAUGAGGUACUCUGGGACCAGUCAAGCCCUGCCAUUCAAAUUCAUGACCUAGCCGCUGGAUCAUUCGCAAUUAUCUCAGGCCCAACUGGCAGUGGCAAAUCGACCUUGUUGCGUGCUAUCCUCCGGGAAGUCACCCCCGUCCGAGGCUCAAUUGCGUUAUUAACACGAAACAUAUCAUAUUGUGCUCAGAGACCGUGGCUCCCAAACGGUACGAUCAAAGAGGCAAUUUGCGGAACAACUGACAUUUAUAGUGACACGGAGCAAUAUCACGAAAGAUGGUAUCACGAGAUUAUAGAGAUGUGCUGUCUCGCACAUGACUUUGAAACCUUACCGUAUGGUGACCAGACACAAAUUGGUAGUAAGGGGCUCAAUCUAUCUGGCGGACAGAGACAACGAGUUACUCUUGCACGUGCAUUGUUUGCAAAAUGUGACAUACUUUUGCUAGAUGAUACUUUCAGUGGACUGGAUGGUGGAACAGAGCAGACCAUCUUCAACAAUCUGUUUGGUCCCUCGGGUCUGAUCAGGCAUCUGAAGACCACCGUGAUUCUCGUCUCGAAUUCAUUUCUCAAGGAUCAUGAGAUCUUAGAUCAAGGAAAGUGGCAGGAUAUCCAGUCUAAAAAUACAUUCUCAACAAAGCUCCCUUCUAGCUAUCGUAACAGGGAUAGCACCAUCCUCUCGGCAAACUUUGAGAAGCUCAACAAUCAAUUGCUUGCAAAAGAUGAGACUGAACUAGAUCUCGCGAGACAGACUGGAGAUCCCACUUUAUAUGGUUACUAUUUUAGUUACGUUGGCUUUGAUAAUCUUUUGAUAUUAUUGGGCUGCACUAUAUCGUACUCUUUCUUCAUCACCUUUCCCCAAUACUGGCUUCAGUUGUGGACCGAUGACGGUACUAGAGAUCUGUUCUACGCUUGUGGAUUUCUUCUCCUAUCGACCUUGUCAUGGGCCUCAACUAGCACUCAGAUGUGGUCUAUUUUGAUUCGACUUGCUCCGCAAUCAGGGUCGAAGCUACAUGAGCGUCUGUUAUACAUCGUGACUAGUGCACCAUUAUCCUACUUCUCGAAAACCGAUGUUGGCUCAAUAUUAAACAGUCAAGAUAUGGAGCUUGUCGACAAGAAAUUGCCAUCAGCUCUUCAAACUGUUGUAACCCAAAUCUUCAAACUUCUCAUACAGAUAAUUCUUCUUUGCGUGGCUGAAAAGUGGCUCGCAUUGUCUUUACCAGCCUGUGUACCUCUGGUCUAUGUGAUUCAGAAGGCUUAUCUCCGAACGUCUAGGCAGCUUCGUUUCCUGGAACUGGAGUCUCGGGCAGGAGUAUUUUCAAAUUUCUUGGAAACUGUCGAGGGUCUCGAAACAAUACGGUCAUUCGGCUGGUCCAAAGCAAUGAUUGAUGCAAACGUCCGAAGUGUCGACUACUCCCAGCGUCCCGAAUUUCUUCUCCUGUGUCUACAGAGAUGGCUCAAAAUUGUGUUGGAUCUUCUAGCUGCUGCCAUUGCAACUAGUGCCGUUGCUAUCGCAGUAACGUAUCGGGACCGGAUCAGUGGCGCACAAGUGGGUAUUGCGCUCAACAUUAUGCUUGUAGCAAAUACAACCUUGCUGAGGCUUGUGGGAAAUUGGACUACUUUAGAAACUUCGCUUGGUGCUAUUUCUCGCUUGAAAAGCCUUGAGGAGACCACCCCGUUUGAAGGUGGGCAUACGGAAACCUUGGAGCCGCCUGAAGAUUGGCCUUCAAGAGGAAACGUCGAGUUCAAGAAUAUCACUGCAUCAUAUCAGUCUGGAUCUGUUGCGCUGCGAAACCUAUCCUUGAAUGUMCCUGCCGGUCAGAGGCUCGUCGUCUGCGGACGUACAGGCAGGKAAGUCAAGCCAUAUAGUACAAAUGACUUUGAUCGUGGGCUCACUGGAUUGAUUAGCGGCAAAAGCACCUUACUUUUGACGCUGCUACGGCUUCUAGAGCUACAAUCCGGCAAAAUAGAGGUAGAUGGCAUCGAUAUCAAAACAGUGGGGCCAAAUAUACUACGGGAACGGUGCUUCAUCGCAGUCUCUCAGGACCCUCUACUCUUACCUAACGAGACCUUGCGCUUCAACUUAGAUGCGGAUGGUUCAGUGACAGACGACGAUCUUGUCGAUGCGUUGACUGAAACGGGCUUGUGGUCACAUUUCUUCAAGGGCGACACAUCCUAUGACGUGGAGGGAGCUACAACCAUUGAAAUUUCAGAAGACUCUGAUGAACACCCGGUUUUACAUCGCAGGUUCGCGCUGUUCCAGGAGCUCUCCGUUGGACAAUGUCAAUUGUUUGCACUUUGCCGGGCGCUUGUCAAAGCCAGGUUCUUACGGAGAGCUGGGCUAAAGCCUGUCAUACUCUUGGAUGAAGUCACAUCCUCUCUUGAUAUUGAAACUGAGUCCACGGUCCAUGAUAUUGUUGACAGAGAAUUUACGCACAGAGGUCAUACUGUCAUCAUUGUUGCUCAUAGAGUUGGUGCUCUGGAGAAGCAUAUGGAAGUCGGGCGAGAUGCUGUGGCACUGAUGGCAGAUGGUAAAUUGCAGGAGGUUGUACAAGAAUAG